AUGGAAGCUUGGAACAAUUCUUCAGGAAAUACUCUGUCCCUUGAGACUCUGUAUCGUAUACUUUGCCCCUCUAAAAAAAUUGGUGGUGUAAUUGGGAAAGGUGGUGGCAUAAUCAAGUCCCUGAGAGAAGAGACCCGGUCCAAGAUUACAGUUUCUGAUUCUGUUCCUGGCUCAGAUGAGAGAGUAAUUAUUAUAUUUAGUCCGCCAACCAAAAUUUCGAGGAAACAAAAUAGUGAUGAAGAUUCACAUAAGGCUGAUGAACAGAAGCCCUUGGAGCCACACUGUGCUGCCCAAGAUGCACUGUUGAAAGUUCAUGAUAGGAUUGUGGAGGAAGAUCUCUAUAAUGGGGUUACAUUUGAUGAUGAUAACGAGAAUAUUGUUGUCACAAGACUUCUAGUUCCAAACAACUUGGUAGGAUGUCUGCUAGGAAAGCGUGGGGAAGUUAUAAAAAGAUUGCGAAGUGAGACACGUGCAAACAUUCGUGUUCUUCAUGCAGAUCAGCUUCCUACUUGUGCACUGGAUACUGAUGAAUUGAUAUCUGGAAAACCAGACGUGGCAAAAAGAGCACUUUAUGAAGUGUCUACUCUAUUGCAUAAGAAUCCACGCAAGGACAAACCUCCUUUGGGAUUGGCUAUACCUUUUGGGGGUCAGGGGUUUCAUCUGCGAGGAGCCCCAAAUAUGUUCCCACCUGGCAAUCCAAUGUGGCCUUAUAGGGAACCUUCCCACGGUAUGCCACCAAUGUCAUGGAUAGGAGAAUAUGAAAAUCAUUCCUCUGGAUAUGGUCGAGGAGAUUUUGAUCGUGAUCCUGCGGGGCAUGGGGUUAUUGGCAAGGGGGGUUUUAAUGUGAAACAGUUACAAGAGGAAACAGGAGCCAAUAUUCAUGUUCAGGUGCUGCGGAGUCCAAGGUCACAAACAAUUGAGGCAAAUCUUCAGCUUCAAAACAAAGCAAGUGAAUUAUCUGAUAAAGGUACGAUCACAACUAGGCUUCUUGUUCCAUCGAGUAAAGUUGGCUGCAUCCUUGGACAAGGAGGAUAG